AUGGAUGACUUUGAAAGGUUCAAGGCUUCAGUGAAGGCAGUAACUGCAAAUGUAGUGGAAAUAGCAAGGGAACUAGAAUUAGAAAUGGAGCCUGAAGAUAGUGAUCUGAACCCCUUAGAUGACAGGUCUAAGUCAUCUUCGCAGAGUAGCAGUAGCAUUACUUCAGGGGACGUCCAUCUUGCAGGGGAAUCCAGUGGGAUGAUGCAAACCUUGAUCCACUUGUCAAAACGCAACAUUGGCGCAGGGCUCCUGGGGCUUCCACUGCCACGAAAACCUGCUGGUGUAGUGGUCGGUCCUAUCAGCCUGCUGGCCAUUGGGAUCCUCACCGUGCACUGCAUGGUCAUUCUGUUGAACUGUGCUCACCACCUCAGCCCGAGACUUCGAAAAACCUUUCUGAACUAUGGAGACGCCAUAAUGUACAGCUUCAAAACCUGCCCUAGUACCUGGCUGAGGAUCCACUCGGUGUGGCAUCGAUACACUGUCAGCUUCUUAUUAGUCAUCACCCAGCUGGGAUUUGGCAAUGUUUGUUUUAUGUUUAUGGCAGACAACUUACAACAGAUGGCAGAAAAAACCCAUGUAACCUCCAGCACCUGCCAUCCCAGGAAGAUGCUGGUGCUGACCCCCAUCCUGGAUAUCUGUUUCUUCGUUCUAAUAAUCCUGCCCUUCCUGUCCGUAGAUGUUCAUCUGGAACCUCAGGUGCUUUCUGUCUUCUCGACACUGGCCAACAUCACAACCCCAGGGAGCAUGGCUCCGUUAUUUAAGUAUAUUGUGCAGGGAAUCCCAGAUCCCAGCAACUUACCCUUGAUGACAAGCUGGAAGACCUUCUUGCUAUUCUUUGGUACUGCCAUCUUCACAUUUGAAGGUGUUGGUAUGGUUCUACCCCUCAAAAACCAGAGGAAACAUCCGCAGCAGUUUUCCUUUGUCUUGUACUUGGCGAUGUCCCUCGUCAUCAUCCUCUACAUCUGCCUGGGGACACUGAGCUACAUGAAGUUUGAGUCAGGCACCCAAACCAACAUCACCCUCAACUUGCCCAAUUGCUGGUUGUACCAGUCAGUCAAGCUGAUGUACUCUGUUGGCAUCGUCUUCGCCUAGGCCCACCAGUUCCAUGUCCCAGCUGAGAUCACCAUCCCUUCACUGUCUUCCAGGUGUCAGAGAACUGGGCACUGUUUGUUUGUAAACCUGUCUAUCCACACAGCCUUGAUUUGUCUGACCUAUGUCUCAGCCAACUUCCUCCUCCACCUGGACCUGAUCAUCUACCUGGUGGGUUCCAUGAGUAGCUGCGCCCUGGCCCUCAUCAUCUCUCCCUUCCUGGAGAUCCUCACCUUUUACCCUGAAGACAUGAACUGCAUCACCUUUGCAAAGGGUAUCAUGAUCACCAUUGUGGGCCUUUUGGGGUGUAUAUUUGGCACUGGGUUUUUUGGGACAUACCAAGCCCUGUAUGAACAAACCCAACCCAUCAACCAUCUCACGGCCAACGCUACAGUUAUCUGUGUGUGA